AGCGGAGCAGGCUGCAACGUUGCUUUUCGUGGAUUCAGUUGGUAGAAAGCUUUUGAAAAGGCUGGAGGUCUUGGAACAAGUAGACAUUUUUUCAAAAUUACACAACAGCCUGGAACCAUACAAAUAAUGUUAUUGAGUAGCAGCAACAUGGGUAUGGAUUGUUCCGAAAGCUUUUGGUGUCCCAUGGACACGGGACUAUCCACAGGGGGUACGUCAGGGACCGGAAGUCCAGGAGUGGCAGGAAGUUCACAAUGCUUGGAAGAAUUGGGGAUACAGGAUAAUCAGUAUGGUUACCAUGAAAAUUUAUCAGGACACUAUACCUUGGGAUAUCGGCAAUCCAGCAAUCAGAAUAAUCAGGGCAGAGAGUAUUUGACGUGUUCGAGUGGUUCUGUAGAAUCGCAAUCUACGGCAUCCUCUGGGAUGGGACUCCUGGUGCGUCCCGUUAAACGUCGGAAUACCGUGAAUCGCAAGGAGCGCAGAAGGACGCAGAGCAUCAAUAAUGCCUUUGCCGAUCUAAGGGAUCGUAUACCGAAUGUACCGGCUGAUACAAAAUUAUCGAAAAUUAAAACACUCAGACUUGCUUGUUCCUACAUCGGCUACCUGAUGGCUGUACUGCAGAGUGACGAGCCGCCCACGUCCUUCAGGGCGGAACUUAUGUCCUGCAGUAGACGUGCUAAACAAACAGGGGUGGAAUGUGACCAGGACGAGAUUGGACACUCUGGAGAAGGUGCACGUCGUGGAAAAGGGAGGACCGGCUGGCCCCAGCAUGUUUGGGCCUUGGAAUUGAAGCAGGAACAAUCGGGACUGUAAUGAAGAAU